CUAGACUCCAAAAUAAACACAACAGCAGAAGAAGACGCCUAGCUGAUUUGCUCUAGCUGCUAGGGAGGAGCCAAAAGAAGCAGACAAAAUCAGUGUCAGAAGUACUUGAAGUCAUGGAAUCAGUUUUGGAAAUGGACACACCUCCACUGGAGGAAAACUCCCAAUCUGAACAAUGCGAUGAAAGCUACAUUCACCCAGGUGAUCAAAAGACACAUCUUCAAGCUGGAGAGAAAAUGUAUCAGUGUCAGCAUUGUGAAAAGACUUUCAAAUUUUUGUGUUUUUACAAGAGACACCAGCUUGUUCACACCAAAGAGAAACCAUAUCAGUGUGAUGAAUGUGGGAGCACCUUUGGCUACUUAACUAAUUACAAGGAGCAUCAGUACAUCCACACAGGAGGGAAACCCUACCAGUGUGAGCAGUGUGAGAAGAGUUUCAGUCGCUUAAGUAAUUACACAACUCACCUGCGAAUCCACACUGGAGAGAAGCCAUACCAGUGUGAUCAAUGUGAGAAGAGCUAUAGGACAUUAAGUAAUUACAAGAUACACCUGCGAAUCCACUCUGGAGAGAAGCCAUACCAGUGUGAGCAAUGUGAGAGGACUUUCAGUAUUUUAGGUAAUUACAAGAAACAUUUACGGAUCCACACCGGAGAGAAGCCACAUCGCUGUGAACAAUGUGGGAGGAGCUUCCGGUUUCACAGUAGCUACAGGGCGCAUCAGCGAAUCCACACAGGAGAAAAGCCGUACCAGUGUGAGCAGUGUAAGAAGAGCUUUAGUGAUGGAAGUCACUACAAAAAACACCUGUUAAUCCACAGUGGAGAGAAACCGUACCAGUGUGAAUUCUGUGAGAAACAGUUCACAGAUGCUAGUAACUAUAGCUCACACCUGCGGACACACACCGGAGAGAAACCAUAUCAGUGUGAACAAUGUGGGAAAAGUUUCACUUACUUGAGUCGUUACAAGAGACACAUGCUUGUGCACACCAAAGAGAAACUGUACCAGUGUGAUGAAUGUGGACGAACUUUUAGUUACUUAACUAGUUAUAAGAUGCAUCAGCGGAUCCACACCGGAGAGAAACCAUACCAGUGCGAUGAAUGUGGGAGCACUUUUGCUUUUUUAAAUAGUUACAAAGAACAUCAGUACAUCCACAGCGGAGAGAAGCCGUUCCAGUGUGACCAGUGUGAGAAGAGCUUUAGCACAAUAAGUAAUUACAGGACUCACAUGCUCAUCCACACUGGAGAGAAGCCACACCGCUGUGAACAAUGUGGGAAGAGUUUCCGGUUCGGCAGUGCCUACAGGAGACACCUUCGUAUCCACACAGGAGAAAAGCCAUACCAGUGUGAGCAGUGUGAGAAGAGCUUUAGUUGUGGAACUAGCUUCAAGAGACACCUGCUCACCCACACUGGAGAGAAACCGUACCAGUGUGAACUUUGUGAGAGACAAUUCACUGACGCUAGUAACUACAAAAGACACAUGCAUUCGCACUCUGGAGAGAAACCGUAUCAGUGUGAAGAAUGUGGGAAGAGAUUACCAACUUUAAGUAGUUAUAAUCUACACUUACGCUGCCAUACUGGAGAGAAACCAUACUGGUGCUCUCACUGUAAGAAGUUAUUUGUGUGGUCUGCAUCUUGGAGGGUACAUCGUUGUGUUAUUGUUGUGGAUGAAGAGACUGACUGUGAGAGUGAAAAUGUUUCUUGUUCCAGCUCAGGAUAGUGGGGAAGUUUGUUAUUGUUUUUGUGUUUUUUAUUCAGUUCAAACACUUGAACAUGAAAUACAAGAAGUAUCCACAUUAUUAUUGGAGUAUAGGCACAUUUUAGAUUUAAAAAAGGUUACUAUAGAUAGAGAUAUUUGAAGUCGUGAAAAUUCCUGUCAGUAUUUACAACCAAUAUAUCAGGUCAGGUCAGGAGAAUAUGCCAGCCUCCUGACAGCCAUCAUCCAGGCCAAGGAAAGUAUAGUUAACUUAAACUAACUAGAAACUAACUAAAACAUUGUUGUGUGCUUAAAAAACAAACUAAAAUGUAAUAAAAUAAGUGACAGAUUAUCCACACUUUUAGUCU